AUGAAAUUAAAUCAAUUACUUAUGUUGGAGCUUCUAAGUCUCUUAACAUGUAUUAGUGCUCAAAAAGUAUUUUUCUCCAAUUCUUCCCAUAUCUCAUCAGUCUCAUCAUAUGGAAACACUAAAUAUAUUUCUGAUACUUCAAUUGGUAGUGAUUUUCCAAACAGUGACUCUACAAAUGUUUUAAUUCCAUCGGUUUCAUCUAUUGAAUCAAACUUCGAAAAUUCAUACACCGUUAUUACACAAUUAACUACUAUCCCUACUACCAAAGUUAUUACUGAUAUUUAUGGUAAGGUUACUACUUCAACAGAGUCAUUAAUUUCUACAAUUACUUCUACCAUCUGCCAUGUUUGUGAAUUAUCAACUAACCCUUCUUCUGAACCUAAACAAACUUUGACUUCCAAUGACUACCAAAGCACAAUUAUCUCAAAUACUUUCUCUUUAGAUAAAUCAAGUUCUUCUACAGCUUCCAACGCUGUUUCUUUAGAGAGCUCUAUUCAAACGUAUUCUGAUACUCAGAAUUUGCAAUCAUCAACAUACAGUUCAGAUUCUUCUUUAUUAGGCUCAUCAUCUAUGGAAUAUUCUAAAUUAGAAUCUUCAGUUUUAGACUUUUCAAGUUCUUCUAAUAUUGAACUCUCUGUUUCUACUUCUUCCAACAUCCAAUCUUCUAUGCUAACACCAGCUGAUUCUGAUUCCACUGCAUCUAAUGCUAUGGAAACACCAAGAUCAUCUUACAUCAGUGAUUCUUUCAAUUCAGCUACUGCUUCAACUACUUCUAAUAUUAAAACUAUAACAUCUAUUUCUACUAUUGGCAGCACAUUGACAACAACUUCAGAAUAUAUUGCCACUCUAUCCACAACUACUGUCACAACUAAUGGUAUCGUAACUGUCUAUACAACAUGGUGUCCACUAUCCUCCUCAUCAACCAUUACUAUCGGUAGUGCAUUCCCUAGUUCAAUUCCUACUGAAGCCUCUAUCAGCCAAAGUGAAUAUCUAAGCGAUUCUGUUUCUUCUGGCUCAGUCUCUGCUUCAACCGACAGUAGUGUUUCUUCUGGCUCAGUCUCUGCUUCCACCGACAGUAGUGUUUCUUCUGGCUCAGUCUCUGCUUCCACCAACAGUAAUGCUCCAUCUAGCUCAGUCUCUGCUUCCACCGACAGUAAUGUUUCUUCUGGCUCAGUCUCUGCUUCCACCGACAGUAGUGUUUCUUCUGGCUCAGUCUCUGCUUCCACCGACAGCAAUGCUCCAUCUAGCUCAACUACUGAUUCAAUUACCACAAAUGUUAAAACUACUACCUCUAUCUCCACCAUUGACAGUACAUUGACAACAUCUUCAGAAAAUUCUGUAACUUUGCCUACAAAAACUGAUGAGCAUAUCAUUUCCACAAGAAAUGUCACAACUUUAGAUGCUAAAAGCACAAGUGGUAGCUUACAAGAAUCUUCUAGUACACCUAAAUCUCUAUUAGAAACUACAUCUACGUUCUCAACUACCACAUAUCAAACUUCUGCUAUUGACAGUACUGUAACCAUUAAAAUUGAAUCAUGCUCAAACGGUGAAUGCCAUUAUACAUCUUUAAUGACUGAAAAUAACGAUUCGUCCAAUUCGGUCUAUACUAGCACAAAUAAAAGAACCAUUACAACUUCCACAGAUCAUUCUAAUAGUCAGACUAUAGUUCAAACUCUUUCAACAGUUACUUCAACAACUAAUGGUAUUGUAACGGUAUACACAACUUGGUGCCCUUUGACUACUAUUAAAACAAUAUCCACAAGUACUGAAUCAACACAGUCUUUUUCUACAUCAACAGUUAGCAAAAUUAUUACUUGCACAGACUCCCAAUGUAAACCACUUGAAGAUGAACCAGAAACCUUGACUGCUAUUAUUUCUUCAAAUAUUAAUUCGGAUUCUAGCCUCAUUAAAACUACAAUGCAAACUACAACUCUUUCAAUCUUUUCCAAAAGCACUUCCUAUAUUUGUUUAGGUACUAACUGUGAACAAACAACAACUGAAUAUAAGGAGUGCACUGAAGCAAAGUGUCAAGAAACAAGUAGUACCGAAUCCAACUCUACUCCAGUUGCUACCACUACUGCCUCCACUGAAUCCAACUCUACUCCAGUUGCUACCACUACUACCUCCACUGAAUCCAACUCUACUCCAGUUGCUACCACUACUACCUCCACUGAAUCCAACUCUACUCCAGUUGCUACCACUACUACCUCCACUGAAUCCAACUCUACUCCAGUUGCUACUACCACUAGCUCAACUCCAUCUGAUCUUAUCACAGUUGUUUCAUCUUCUACCCCUGCACAAAGUAUCCCACAUUCAACUGUAUCCACAAUUACUACUACUACUGAUGGUAAGGUGACAGUCUAUACUACCACCUGCCCAUUGGAAAAAUCUUCAACUAAGAGUGAUUCUAUUGACACUCAACCAACAGUUAUAACUUCACAAAUAACUCUAACUUCCACAGAAACCUGUACUGAAUCCAAAUGUAAAGAUAUCAAGACAACAUCUAAUGUCUCUACUUGUGACGGAGCUAACUGCCCAAAACCAUCAUCCAGUGUCUUAUAUGAACCUUCUGAAUCUUCUGAAUCUUCCUAUGUAUUGUCGACUAUUACAACUACCACAGACGGUAAGGUUACAAUUGUAACAACUUGGUGUCCUUUAACCGACUCUACACAUAAGUCUACAGUUACACCAUCACUGGAAAUAACCACCACAACUGAUGAUAAUUCCAUCAAUUCUGUUUCUACCACACCUUCAGUCAAAUUAACUACUACUUCUACCACUGUUCAAACAAUUAGUUCCUCCUUAAGUAUUAAAUUUAAUCCAAGUGUUUCUACUCCAAGUAAUACUGUCAUAGAAUCACAAAAAAUUGAAAGUUGUACUGGAUCUGAAUGUACUAAACCAUCUACUGUUUCUGUUACUCAAACUUCCACACCUGUUCAAGAAACUACAUGCGGUUCACCAAAUGGAGAUUGUGCUGCUCAUACAGCUCAAACAGUUACUUCAGUAUUUAAACCAACUACCUUAGAAUCAACAUCAAAAAGCACAGUUGAAGCUACUAGUACCUCUGUUUCACAAACAAAGUCAGAACCACAUUGUACUGGAACCUCAUGUUUAACCACCACUUUGGCUACUGUUUCUUCAACACCAUUAGAAAGUAAAACUACUUUAGCUACUGUUUCAACACCAUUACAGAGCAAAGCUACUCCUAGCACAACUGGUUCUGUUAUAGAAUAUUCAGGUGAAGGUUCUUCCCUAUUUAUCUCACCAUUUUUCAACAUCAUUUGGAUUGCAUUAUAUUUCAUCAUUUAA